AUGAAGAGGGUGCAGAGUUCGAGGAAUUCCAUCAGAAUUGUCGAGUCCUACUUGACUUUAGAGCUUCCACUGACGUCCAAAAGCUCUCGCAAUUCUGGCUUAGAUACUACCAAAGAACAAGGUCGAGUUGCAGAACAAAGAUUAAGACUGAGGCCAAACAAUGGAUUUACACUUACAAAGGUCGCAAUUCUCAUAAGUGUGAACCGAAGUGUUACAGUUCAUUAUUCUGCCAUUUUCAAGGUUAAAGCCUUCACCAUCGACGCCCUUCUGCCAUCGGCACAGUGUUUCACGGACUCGCAGCUUCAGCGGCUGGAGGAGGAGUUCCAGCGGCAGCAGUACCUGGUGGGCCCCGAGCGGCGGUACCUGGCCAGGCAGCUUGAUCUGAGUGAGCUGCAGCUCAAAGUGUGGUUCCAGAACCGACGCAUCAAGUGGCGCAAGAACCAGCUCGACGUGCCAAAUCGCACCCCUUUAGGCAGCCGCUAA